AUGGAGGCUAUUGUUGGAGGAGCACUUCUUUCGGCUUCUAUGGAGAUGUUGGUGAAAAAGGUUGUUUCUGGUGAGUUUCUUGAUUUGUUUAGGAGGACUAAGCUUGACGUUGACCUGUUGGAGAAGCUGGAGAUAACACUGCUGAGCCUUCAAUCUGUACUUCAUGAUGCUGAGGACAAACAGAUCGCUAACCCUGCUGUCAAGAAGUGUCUGGAGAUGUUGCAAGAUGCUGUAUUUGAAGCUGACGAUUUGUUCGACGAACUCAACACCGAAGCUUUAAGGUGCCAAGCUGAAGGUGGUCAGGUUCUUAAUAAGUUUUUGUCUUAUUUUAAAAGGUUUAAUAAAAAGAUCAAUUCUAAACUGCAAAAAUUAUUCGGAAGAUUAGAACAUUUAAAAAACCAAAAUCUUGGAUUGAAAGAAGGUGAUUCCAACUGUGUUUGGAAUGCAACUCCUACAAGUCCUUUUUUGGGAGAUGAAUCUGCUAUUUAUGGCAAAGAUGAUGACAGAAAGAAACUUAAAGGGUUUUUGCUGUUAGAGGAUGGUUGUUUUCUUUGUGUUUGUGGGUUUUGA